GUUGUCUCCUCCGACUGCUCAAGCGCUCGAGCUGACCACACACACUCCACAGCCCCGCCAUAGAUCUGAGCUCUCCCGACCGUCGCCUCCAUGGCGUCUCCGAGGGGUGUAGUCAUUACGGUACCUACUCUGGUGCUUUCCCUACUCGGAGCGGCCAUCUUCCUCUUCUUCCUCUUCUUCUCCCUCUCGUCCUGCAAUUGCCCCGCCCCUUCUGCUGUCGCACGCUCCUCCUCCCCCCCUUCCUGCGGCGGCCUCUGCGACUCAGCAAGCGGCAGCGGGGUAUCGGUGGAGAGAGUGAGAACCUCGGUCGAGGACAUAGAGUGGGUCAAGGACCAGAUCCGAGUGAACGGGCUGCAUAUGGCGGAGAAUGUGCUGAGGAAGGGGAUUAAUCCUCGCACCAGGGCUCAGCAGCUCGAAGAUCUCAGAAACUUCAAAGGAAUAUCACACUAUGAAGAGCCAGAAGCUAGCAACCAUACAGCCCUGCCGUGCCCUGGUGAGCUUCUCGUGGAAGAGCACCACAGCAAUUAUGGUGAGCCCUGGGCAGGUGGUCGAGAUGUGUUUGAGUUUCUCGCAGAGGCCUCCCACCUCAAACCCGAAUCGCGUGUUCUUGAAAUUGGAUGUGGAACACUCAGAGUAGGCGUACACUUUAUUCGCUACUUGGAGCCUUCCCACUUCCACUGCCUCGAGAGGGACGAGCUCUCCUUAAUGGCAGCCUUAAGAUACGAACUUCCCUCCCAAGGCUUACUGCAUAAGCGUCCCUUAAUUGUCCGAGGAGAAGAUAUGGACUUCAUGAAGUUCGGCUCCAAGGUGGUUUAUGAUUUGAUUUAUGCUAGUGCUGUGUUCUUGCACAUGCCCGACAAGCUCGUCUGGGUCGGACUUGAGAGAUUGGCAAGUAAAUUGAAGCCUUACGAGGGGCGCAUCUUCAUCUCACAUAAUGUGAAGUUCUGCUCUAGAUUAGGAGGCGAGGAGUGCACAAGGAGGCUUGCCAGUCUAGGGCUCGAGUAUGUGGGAAAGCACACACAUGAUAGCCUGCUCUUUAACCACUAUGAGAUUUGGUUCGAGUUCAGACGGUCCAAGGCUUAGGAUGCGGCAGACUAGAUUGCCCUGUUUUGGGAUUUUGUAACAGAGGAACAAAAAGAAUCCUCGAGCAGCCUAUGUUGUCUUGCGAUGCUGCUUCUGACACUCAGUUUGCACAUUCCAGGAGAGCUGCGUUAUUCUCUGCUGAUAACUUACAGAAGUGGAAGAGGAAGAGGAUGAUCAACCUUCAGUUUUCACUUGAUCCGGACUGUACAUUUACCUUAUUGUUCGAAAUUCUUUUGUAACUCGUGUUCUUGAUAUUCCAAGCCAGGAAAUUAUCGAGAUAAACCGCUGCAGUGAUACACUCUGUGCCGAAUGCAAAUCUACCCUGUGCCUAUGAUUCUGAAUAUUCCUGCUAUUUGAUAUUGAGUUCAUUUCCAUGACAUUUA